AAUGUUGAGUUUGGUAAUGUCGACAAUUUGAAGCUCCUCCCCACGGCUGCUUAUAUCUUCCAAUAGAUUAAAACCAUAAAAAAACAUUGAGUAUUGCACACAUAAUUCCCAGAUAAAUUUCAAAUACUGAGAAUUUAACACAAGCAAGGACAUAGUAUUAGAAUUUAUUGUGUUGUGAAUGCUGAGUUUAGUAAUGUCGACAUUUUGAAGCUCCCCACGGCAACAUGUAUCCUUAAAUAAACUAAAACCAUAAUAACACUGAAUAUUUCACACAUAGUUCCGUGAUAAUUUUCAAACACUGAGAAUUUAACACAUACAAGGACAUAGUAUUGGAAUUUAUAGCGGGCAAGAAGAGAGUCAGUUCCUUUAAAGAGCCACAGCUGAUGCUGGCGUCGCACUCGGCGGCUACUCACAUCUACGGACCACGGUGGUGGUGAGGUUGUGUGUGGCAGAAGGCAGAUGUGAUGGAGACGCCCGAGAAGGAGCCGCAGGUGAGUGUGCCACCCCUGCAGUGCACCGUGACUGUGGAGAGGACACAGCAAGGCCGGCCACACUGCUCCACACACAAGGGUGUCCGCCUCAUGCUUGGCCGCAACGCCUUCAGGGAUAUGAUUCUACGCAUGGAGGGCCCCAGGCACUCCCUGCAGUGGUCACUGGACAAGUUCCGGCUGCACACUCGCUUCCUGAAGGAGGGGAAGGCCACCAUCAGCUUGCAGGACACCAACACGAACCUCAUGAUGUCCAACGCGCCGCCCCACCAGCUGCUCGUCUUCCUCAAGGUCCUGGCCGGCAAGAAGGCAGUGGCAGCAGAAGGCACUGCAGGGACUGCCAAGGCACUCACCGCCCGCCAGCGACUUUUGUCCGACCGUCCUGUUGCCUUUGAGGAGAUCAGCCCUCUCACUCUCAAGGAGUACAAGGGAGCCAGGAAAAGGGAAGGUCGGCCACCUCUUAAGGAAGUGAAUGGCCAGAAGCAGCAGCAGCAGCCAGGCGCCUCUCCUCUGUCCAGCAAACGAAAGAUGCAGGACUCACCAGGAAGGAAGAGCAAAGUAUCUCGUUUCUUCAAUCCCACACUACUCACUGCCGAACAGAGGAAGGUGGUGCAGGCAGUCAGCUCUGGCCAGAGUGUUUUCUUCACUGGCAGCGCAGGGACAGGCAAGAGCUUCCUGCUGCAGCGUCUGGUGGGGUCACUGCCUCCUGAGUCCACCUUCAUCACUGCCAGCACAGGAGUCGCUGCCAGUCACAUCGGGGGCUGUACUCUCCAUGCAUUUGCUGGUGUGGGCACAGGUGAGGGCAGCCUGGAACAAUGCCUGAGGCUGGCAUCACGCAAGGCAGUUGCCCAGCAGUGGAGGCAGUGCCGGCACCUCAUUGUGGAUGAAGUGUCCAUGGUGGAUGGCCUUUUCUUUGAGAAGCUGGAGGCCGUGGCGAGAUCAGUGAGGAAGAAUGACAAGCCCUUUGGAGGUAUUCAACUCAUCCUGUGUGGCGACUUCCUGCAGCUGCCACCAGUCACCAAGCGGGGCGAGCAGCGGGUGUUCUGUUUCCAGACACCUGCCUGGGAGCGCUGUGUCACCUGCACCCUGGAACUGACUGAUGUGAAGAGGCAGGAUGACCCGGAGUUCAUUGAAAUCCUGCAGGCUGUGAGGCUUGGCAGGUGCAGCGAGGCGGCGGCGGAGAAGCUGCAGCAGACUGUCAACAACUGUGUGGAGCGGGAUGGCAUCAAGGCGUCCCGGCUGUGCACCCACCGCGAUGAUGUGGACCACAUCAACAGCGUUCACCUCAACGAUCUCUCAGGCCAGGAGAGAGUGUUUGUGUCAGUGGACAGUGACUUGGAGCAGCAGGGAGUGCUGGACGCCAACACACCGGUGGGGAGGCGGCUGGUGCUUAAGGUCGGCUGCCAGGUGAUGCUGACCAAGAACCUGGAGGUGGGGCGUGGCCUGGUCAAUGGGGCACGAGGGGUGGUCACUGCCUUCACCCAUGGCAAUACAGGCAACCCCAUGGUGAGGUUCCUGUGCGGGGUGACAACAGAGAUCAAGUAUGAGAAAUGGAGCGUUACAUUGACUGCCGGCUACCACAUCACCAGGAAACAACUUCCACUGCAGCUGGCCUGGGCUUUCUCCAUUCACAAGUCACAGGGAAUGACGCUGGACUGUGCUGAGAUGUCCUUCUCCCGAGUGUUUGAGGCGGGGCAGGUGUACGUGGCUCUCUCCCGUGCCAGGAACCUUAAGGGUCUCAAGGUGCUGGACUUCAAUCCUUCCUGUGUCCACGCUCACCCUGACGUCCUCAAGUUUUACCACAAUUUAAGGAGAGCACAGCAUGAAUAUUGUCAUUUAAUAUGAUGUGUGUGUGUGUGUUGGUGAUGGGUUAACCUCUUCAGUACCAUGACAUGUUUUCAUAUUCAUUCUGCUUACUAUAUGGUGAUCUUAUACAGCUUCAAAACUUAGGCGGGAAUUAAAACAGUGAAGACUCUAGCCAUUAAUCUUCUGACCUCUAGAAGCUCUCCCUACUGCAAAUAAAAUAGUAUAAUCAUACUCAGAAGUCAUGGUAAAAAUGCACCCCAGUACUGAAAGGGUUAAAGGCAGGGAGUUGGUGAGAUGAGCACUGACAAAUUCCAGAUAACUUUAGAGGUAGUGGUGGUUUUGUAAUGGCUUGUUUUAGUUUGUCAUUCACCUGUUCACUACCUUCCCGAUUCUCAUUAAUGAACCCGAGUUACUGACACAGGCAUAUCAGUGUUGUGUGUUGUUUGUUUGUGUGUACGGAUGUAUGCUCUUCCGUGAUUGUCUGUUGUAAAGUGUUUUAGUGCAGUACUUGUAUGUUGUUCUGACUCCUGUUCAUAAGUUUUGACUCCAUGAUUAAUUUUUGUAUGCAUUAUAAAUCCUAUAAAUUUUAACCCUUUGAGUACCGUGAUGCAUUUCCAUAUUCAUUCUACUUCGUAUUUGGUGAUUUUACAGUUUCAGAAACUUGUGUAGGGGUUGAAAUAAUGAAGAUUGGCCAUUAAUCUUCUGACCUCCAUAUUUCCUUCAUAAUAUCAAUAAAAUGGUCUAAUUGUACUACAUGAAACUCAAAGUAAAAAUGCCUCACAGAACUGAAGGGGUUAACUGUAUGACUCACUUGUUUUUAUCCUUAUUGAAUAAGACCCUGAUAAUUCAAAGAUGUAAUGAUUGUUAGUUUAAGAAUGAAACUUUUUAUUUUUUUUAUUCAAUUAAUAAUACACUUUAUUUAUAUA